GCCUACUUAUUUGGCGCAGCCUCAGUAGAGGGUGUGAAUAGUUCGCUCAUAAUCGUGCAGCCAAACGUAGGCGACCAUAACGUUACGGUCCUCCAGCUAGUAAUUUGGUUUCACGAUGUCCUCUGGAAACGCAAACAUCGGCAAGCCGGCCCCUGCCUUCAAAGCCACAGCUGUUGUGGAUGGACAGUUUAAGGACAUUCAGCUGUCUGACUACAAAGGAAAGUAUGUGGUGUUUUUCUUCUACCCUCUCGACUUCACAUUUGUCUGCCCCACCGAGAUCGUGGCAUUCAGUGACCGAGCGGAAGAGUUCCGCAAAAUUGGUUGCGAGGUGCUCGGCUGCUCCAUCGACUCUCACUUCAGCCACUUGGCCUGGAUCAACACACCUCGGAAGCAGGGAGGUCUGGGUAACAUGAAAAUCCCCUUGGUGGCAGACCUCACAAAGACCAUUUCCAGAGACUACGGUGUAUUGAAGGAGGAGGAUGGCGUUUCAUACAGAGGUCUGUUUGUGAUUGACAACAAAGGCAUUUUGAGGCAGAUCACCAUCAACGACUUGCCAGUGGGUCGCUCUGUGGACGAGACCCUGCGCUUGGUCCAGGCUUUCCAGCACACUGACAAAUAUGGUGAAGUCUGUCCUGCGGGCUGGAAGCCAGGCAGCGACACCAUCAUCCCUGACGUUGAGAAGAGUAAAGAGUUCUUCUCCAAACAGUAAAUGUGAAGGUCAUCUUACCGGUCCCUGAACAGUAGCCCUUGCCCUUAGUUGAAAUGUGCUUCUGUGGAACAGUCAUUCUUGACUUUCUGCUUGUCCAAAGCCCAACCUAUUCCCAGUUCGACACUUUGUACGUCCAGUAUAAAACUGAUGGGACGACCUCCAAGUCUCAAGCACUGAAAUGUUAUUUUCCUUGUUUUUGCAGAAAAAAAAUCUUAUCAUUUUUCUGGCUGUUUCCCGAUAAAGUCGCCGUUGAUUAAAGCAGUAGGAAUGUGAAGCAGGGUUUUUUUUUUCUUUUCCAUGGUUCUGAGUGUCAUACCACAUGUCCCGUGUAGGGGGUGCUACUAGUUUGUGACAAGUAUUCCUUCUGUUUCCCACCGUUAAAGUCGAGAGAGAUAUUUUCCAUGAGGAAAACUCUUACGGAAACUGACCAAACGUCUCAAAAAUAAUAUCGACUGAAAUAAAGAAUUUUCACAAAA